AUGUAUUGUGACAAGAAAGAAAUGUGGAUAGGAGCAGCAGAUAUAUACCAGUCUCCAUCGUCUCAUAAAGAUUUCAGCGAUGAGGAUGUCACAAGCUGCAGUGAAUAUAUAUCCGAAACCGAAUCGAGUAAUGAAUCAGUAAUGAGCUGUUAUCCAACGUUUCGAAACAAGCUAUUAUCUCAAACCAGGCAUGACUCAAACCAAAGCUCAAGUACUCAAUUAACUCCGGAGAAUCGAUUUAUAUCGCAUAUUACUGCUGAUAUUGGAUUGCCCAAUUUAAAAGAUGACCAUUUUUUGGAAGAAAAAAGAGAAGAGUGA